UGAAAUGGGCUCCAUAAAGACGGGAUGGGGGCAGGUAGGAGGGCGUCCGGGGUUAAUGUGCUAGAGAGGGAGCAGCUUGUUUUGGAUGGUAGACUCAGGUGUGUCUCCUGGACGGGGCUUUCAGGAGAGGAGAGGAGAGGAGAGGAGAGAGGAAGCUCCAGAGCAGUUUGCAACUGCAGGAGAAUAAGGAGCCGUUCCCAAUCUGCUUUUUUCCACCGAUCUAACAGACCUGGAGCCAGCAAGACUCGGACAAAAGGACUUAAUCAGGUUUAUGUGUGCUAAAGGUUAUGAAGACAGCAUGGAGUUUCCUGACCAUAGCAGGCAUUUACUACAGUGCCUGAGUGAACAGAGGCAUCAGGGUUUUCUUUGUGACUGCACUGUUCUGGUAGGAGAUGCCCAAUUCCGAGCACAUAGAGCUGUACUGGCUUCAUGCAGCAUGUAUUUCCACCUAUUUUACAAGGACCAGCUGGACAAAAGAGACAUUGUUCAUCUGAACAGCGACAUUGUUACAGCCCCAGCUUUCGCUCUCCUGCUUGAAUUCAUGUAUGAAGGGAAACUCCAAUUCAAAGAUUUGCCCAUUGAAGAUGUGCUAGCAGCUGCCAGUUAUCUCCACAUGUACGACAUUGUCAAAGUUUGCAAAAAGAAGCUGAAAGAAAAAGCCACCACCGAGGCAGACAGUACUAAAAAGGAAGAAGAUGCCUCAAGUUGUUCGGACAAAGUGGAGAGUCUUUCUGACGGUAGUAGCCACAUUGCAGGAGACAUACCCAGUGACGAAGAUGAAGGGGAAGAUGAAAAAUUGAGCAUCUUGCCUAGCAAAAGGGACUUGACGGCUGAACCUGGGAACAUGUGGAUGAGAUUGCCCUCGGACUCCGGAGUGAUUCCCCAGAGCGGUGGGGAGGCAGAUGCGCAUGCAACAGCAGCUGGAAAAACAGUAGCUAGCCCCUGCAGCUCAACAGAGUCUUUGUCCCAGAGGUCUGUCACUUCAGUGAGGGAUUCAGCAGAUGUUGACUGUGUCCUGGACUUGUCUGUCAAGUCAAGCCUUUCUGGAGUUGAGAAUUUGAACAAUUCAUAUUUCUCUUCACAGGAUAUGAUGCGAAACAACCUGGUGCAGGUGAAGGUGGAAAAAGAGACAUCCUGUGAUGAGAGUGAUGUUGGCACUAAUGACUAUGACAUGGAGCAUAGCACUGUGAAAGAAAGUGUGAGCACUAAUAACAGGGUACCAUAUGAGCCAGCCCAUCUGGCUCCUAUGAGAGACGAUUCUGUUUUGAGGGAGCUAGAUAGAGAGGACAAAGCCAGUGAUGAUGAAAUUAUAACUCCAGAGAACGAGAGAGUUCAGGUGGAAGGGAGCAUGGACAGCAGUCUGCUCCCUUAUGUCUCCAACAUACUUAAUCCUGCAGGUCAAAUUUUUAUGUGCCCCCUCUGCAACAAAGUCUUUCCUAGUCCCCACAUUCUGCAGAUUCACUUAAGUACGCACUUUCGAGAGCAGGACGGGAUCCGCAGUAAGCCUGCCGCUGAUGUCAAUGUCCCAACCUGCUCCUUGUGUGGUAAGACUUUUUCUUGCAUGUACACUUUGAAACGUCAUGAGAGGACUCAUUCAGGUGAAAAACCAUACACUUGUACCCAGUGUGGAAAGAGCUUCCAGUACUCCCACAAUCUGAGCCGCCAUGCCGUAGUUCACACACGGGAGAAGCCGCACGCUUGUAAGUGGUGUGAGCGGAGGUUCACACAGUCUGGAGACCUUUACAGGCAUAUUCGGAAGUUUCACUGUGAGCUAGUGAACUCAUUGUCUGUCAAAAGUGAAGCACUGAGCUUACCUACUGUCAGAGACUGGACAUUAGAAGAUAGCUCUCAAGAACUUUGGAAAUAG